GCAAACGCUACAUCUCCAUCAAUUAACAUAACACUCUGCCACUCUACAAUAUUACUUGAAUUCGAACAGUAAACAAGAUUUCGUUUCCCCGACUGUAACACAAAAUACACAGCAGUUAGAUUCUCGAAAGUGUUGCUUGUCUAUUUCUUUCCCAAGAGUCAGGUUGAGAUAUCUGUUGGAUCCACCACAUUCGAAGCUCUUCUUCAAUAGGCAACAAGCUCACACAAACCAUACCAAUACUCAUAAGGAUAAGAUGGAGCAAAUUAAAGCUCUAAAUGCUUUGGAGCCCUUCCUAGCUCUUACUAAAUCUGCGACAUCACCCCGCGCUGCCAUCGACCUGAUCACUCGAGCGACCGAUGCUCCAGGAACCUACAUCUUUACCGAACUUCUCCUCACUCCCCAAAUUCAAGCUCUCUCUACCGCCCCUCCAGAACAAGCAGUCUAUCUCUCUCUCCUCAAGAUCUUCAGUUAUGGCACAUACGCCGACUACACCAGCGACCCUUCUCUCCCCACCCUUUCCGCAGCUCAAACUCUCAAACUCCGCCAGCUUUCCUUUCUCACCCUUGCCCAAAACCCCACCGACUUGACUUACCCCAAACUCCAAUCUGCCCUCGCUCUCUCGACUCCUCGCGAACUCGAAGAUCUUGUAAUCAGUGCUAUAUAUGCCGGUCUGAUUACUUGUACAUUGGACCCAUACAAUCAAACCGUACUAGUCUCCUCCGUCUCACCCCUCCGCGAUCUUCCCCACUCCACAAUCCCAUCUAUGCUCUCCACUCUCUCCGCCUGGUCCGCUCGUUGCACCACCACCCUCUCCUCCCUCGAAUCUCAAAUUGCCUCCAUCAAAGCCGAUGCCCAGCGCCGUCACCGCGAUGAACAGGAUUGGAACGCCCACGUCGAAUCUCUCCUCGAACCCGCUCCUCCCUCUGAGAAUCCGUCAGGUCCGACUGGCAUCUUAGGUAAUAUCCAAAGUCUAACAGGCAGAAUGACGAGAUCGUCUGGGAAACGCGUCAACCGACUAGAGGGACAGUCUAGCGAUGAGGAAAUGGACGAUGUGGAUCCGAUGGGUGUCCAGCAUAAGGAUACACGAAGUUCGAAGAAGAGAGGCUUUGGCGGGUUAGGAUUUGGGAAGUGAGUUGUUUUACUGUCGCAGCUUCGAGCUUGUGACCAGUAGGACUUUUCACUGACCAAUUCUUUA